UCAGGUGAAUUAACGUGCGCGCGCACGCGUUUGCGUGUCAGGUGAGCGUUUUUAUCUGAAGUCAGGAGAUGGUUGGCACCAUGAGUGCUGAAACUGUGAAAGACGACUACGACUACUCAGACUGGUACGAAAAUGCAUUGCCCACCAAACCUCCUGUCGAAGUUAUCCCACCAUGUGACCCCACAGCUGAUGAAGGCCUCUUCCACAUAUGCAUUGCUGCAAUAUCUCUGGUGGUCAUGCUGGUGCUCGCCAUCCUGGCCAGACGACAGAAGCUGGGUGACAAUCAAAGAGGACUUACAGGUUUACUCAGCCCAGUAAACUUUUUAGACCACACACAACACAAGGGUCUUGCUGUAGCCGUGUAUGGCGUUCUCUUCUGCAAGCUGGUUGGAAUGGUCCUCAGUCACCAUCCGCUUCCUUUCACUAAAGACGUCACGAACAAAGAGUUCUGGCUGAUCCUGGCUCUGUUGUACUACCCCGCGUUGUACUACCCUCUUCUGGCCUGCGGUACGCUGCAUAACAAGGUGGGUUACGUCUUGGGCAGCCUGCUGUCGUGGACGCACUUUGGAGUUCUGGUCUGGCAGAAGGUGGACUGUCCCAAAACGCCACAGAUCUAUAAGUACUAUGUGCUGUUCAGCAGCCUUCCUCAGAUUGCUUGUCUGGCUUUUCUUAGUUUCCAGUAUCCGCUGCUUCUGUUCAAAGGCUUACAGAACACUGAGACGAGCAACGCCUCUGAGGACCUCAGUAGCAGUUAUUACAGAGAUUAUGUGAAAAAGAUUCUCAAGAAGAAAAAGCCCACCAAAAUCAGUUCCAGCGCAUCAAAACCCAAACUGUUUGAAAGACUCAGAGAUGCUGCCAAGUCUUACAUCUACACACCAGAGGAUGUUUUUAGGUUCCCUUUGAAACUAGCGAUCUCUGUGGUUGUGGCGUUCAUUGCGAUUUAUCAGAUGGCGCUCUUACAGGUCACAGGCGUGCUGCCCACCCUACACAUCGUCCGAAGAGGAGUAGACGAAAACAUUGCCUUCCUGUUGGCCGGUUUCAAUAUCAUCCUGUCAGAUGACCGUCAGGAGGUGGUCAGGAUUGUAGUGUACUAUCUGUGGUGUGUGGAAAUUUGCUAUCUGUCAGCGGUUACCCUGUCCUGCCUGCUCAACCUGAUCAUGCUCAUGAGGUCCAUGGUCCUGCACAGGUCUAAUCUGAAGGGACUGUACAGAGGAGACGUGUUUAAUGUGUAUAACUGCCACAGGAGCAUCCGACCGUCCCGGCCCGCGCUGGUCUGCUGGAUGGGCUUCACCAGCUAUCAGGCCGCCUCUAUCUGUCUCGGCAUGGUGAUCCAGACUCUGGUGUUCUUCAUCUGCAUUCUGUUCGCUGUCUUCCUCAUCAUCAUCCCCAUUCUGUAUGGCACCAAUCUCAUGCUGUUCCACAUUAUCGCCAACAUGUGGCCCUUCUGGCUGAUGCUGUUCCUGGCUGUGCUGAUCCAGCAUGUGACCUCCAGGUUUUUGUUCAUCAAGAAGGACGCAGGAACAAGAGAUCUGAACAACAGAGGAAGUCUGUUUCUUCUCAGCUACAUGCUGUUCCUAGUUAAUGUCAUGGUUGGUGUUAUAGUGGGCAUUUGGAGGAUAGUCACCACUGCCCUUUUCAACAUAGUCCACUUAGGACGCUUGGAUAUCAGCCUUCUCAACCGCAACGUCGAGCCGUUUGACCCAGGGUACCGCUGCUACGCUCAUUACCUGAAGAUCGAGGUGAGCCAGUCUCACCCCGUGAUGAAGGCCUUCUGCGGGCUGCUGCUGCAGACCUCAGGCCAGGACAGUCUGUCCGCGCAGAGGAUGAGAGAUGCUGAAGAAGGUAUUCAGCUGGUCCAGCAAGAGAAGAAGCAGAACAAGGUGUCCAACGCCAAGCGGGCACGAGCGCACUGGCAGCUCCUCUACACACUGGUCAACAACCCGUCUUUGGUGGGCACCAGGAAACAUUUCCAGCGCCAGAGCUCUGAAAGCUUCAUCAACGGAGCCCUCAACCGGACCUCCAAGGAGGGCAGCAAAAAGGAAGACAGCAUCAAGGAGCCUAGCAAAGAAGCAGAAAGCGCCGCCACCAACAACUGAGGACUGAAAUCACCAUGUGGAGAAGGAGAUCGGCCCUCCCUGCCCCCAGCCUCUUCAUACUUAAUGGCUGCUGGCCAGAUAUUGAUGAUAGUAUUAUUUGCUUUGGUGUAGCAGAGAAGCACAUGUGUUUUAGCUAAGUGCACUUACAGCUCAGUGCCUCAGGAAGAACUUCAUGCAGUUGUAGUUAACGGAUCCUUUGCACAUGUGUGUGGAUGAAUGGAUGGAUGGAUUGUGUCCUUUGUUGCAUGUGUGAGUGAGACUAUCUCUCCUUCUUGGACUUAGAGUAUCAGGAAAUUUAGUUUGGCACUGAACUCCCAUCUAACCGCUUGAUGCGAGGUUAGUAUGUGUGACUAUUUAUGAAUGUACAGGUUCUGCUCGUUUGCAAAUUGACGAAUUAUUCAUUUCCACUCAGCAUCUUCAGUUUUGCACUCAUUGGUGUGACCAGUGGUGAGAAUGUUCUUAUCAUAGAUGAAACCAAUAAUGUUCAUUAUGGGUUGAUCUGUGUCUGUUCUCGUUAAGACAACAUCUGCUGUAAUUAUAUUACAAUUGUUUCCAUCUCUGACAAAAUAUAGGCGAUCUGUCUCACAUUGACACUUAAGUUUGAUAUUUCCCUCUUUUAUGUCUUGUUCUGCUACCUACCGCAUAUUUGUGAUUGAAAUGAAAUAAAUAUUAAAAAAUAAAAAGUAUGCUCCCUCCCUGUGUUGAAUUAAGGGAAAUAGUGCCAUCUCCAGCGUCGCGUAAAGACGUGUCAAUCAGCAGCAUGAUUUUAUAUUUUAAUGAAACCAAAUGAAAACCAUUUAAAUCAGUAUGCACACGAAUUUUUUUUUUCCGUGCAGUGGUAUGAUUCAUAGGGUUAUUACGAAUAGCCUAUUUAAAAUAAAUAGCUUUGACUAGACAGCUGUUGAGAGAGCGCAACUAUUCCGCAAUCACAUGUUU